UUUGCAGGCUGACACCAAGGUAGGAGGAGUUUUGGAAAGAAGUUUGUGUAAGAGAAAACCUUCUCUGUUCUUUCAUGUAGACCUUCAAAAAGUUGAAGAGCUGCUUUGACUGAACAGCCUAUUAUGGAAAUCCCUGCCAUUAAUUUAAAGGCCAUAGUACUGGUACACUGGCUGCUUACAAUAUGGGGAUGCAUGGCAUGGCUGCCCCCCUCUUUUGCCUGGGGGAACUUCAGUGUUUUAGCUGUUGGGGUCUGGGCCAUUGCACAGAGGGAUUCAAUCGAUGCUGUGCUCAUGUUUCUAGUGGGCAUGUUGGUGACAAUACUGACUGACAUCAUCCAUUUUGGGGUCUUUUACCAGCUGAGUGAGUUAGCAGCACAAAGGGAUGUAUUUCGCUUCAGCUCAGGAAUGGCCAUCCUCAACCUGUUGCUUAAACCUGUGUCGUGCUUCUUUGUCUUCCAAAUGUACCGCGAACGUGGAGGAGAAUACAACGUUAACUUUGGUUUCCCCACUGUAUCACGAAACAGAGAUGCCUACCAGUCCAUUGACCAGCAAGCUGAGCCUUCCAGCCAAGCGAAUCCCUUCAACCAGGGCCAGGAUGGCAGACCAGGAGUCCACACAUACUGAGAGAACCAGGCUGUGAACAAUGCAGUGUUUUCUUCUGUCUUUUUAUGCAGCAGUGCAGUGCUCAGUGGCAGUUUUGUUCUUUUAAAUGUAUUUUUUUCCCAAUAAAUUCCACAUAAGUCCCUGUUUUUUUUGUACAAUUGGUCUACUGUAGAUUGCAGCACUAGUAACAAAUUGAAACCAUUAGCUGUGUUUGGGUUUUAUAAUUAAAUAUGGCACAAAUAAACAUACAUUUGUUUUUUCAUGAAAGGUGGUAAUGAUUUUUGCUGAGCUGGCUCACCACUGCUGAAUAAACACAGAGAAAAUACUGUCCUACCACUUCUAUGCUGGUACUUUUGUUAACACCUGCUGUUUUGAGUACAGAGGUGUUGAAUGGAGCUGUUGUGUCUGCAGCAGUUCUGUCAGUUUACUUUGUUACAAGUGAGUCAGUUUUACAAAUGUGGCACAUUAUUAUUAUUAUUACUAUUAUUAUUAUUAUGCUCUGCUUUUUUGCAGUAGGUUGUUAUUGUUAUAUGCAAUAAGUCUUUGCUUUACAGUACAGUAAUGCUUAAAGUCAGCACUAAUCAGUUUUUAAUACAAGAAGACUGAAGUGUAAGUCAUGCCUUACAAGUUACUCUGUGCCUUUUGUACUUUUUCUACCCAUAGAAGCUGUAAAAAUUCUUAGAUUAAGAAAGGAAUAAUUUGAAGAAAUACUGGCCAAAUUAUAGUUACAGGCCUUUCUUCUCAUAACAGUGAAAUGUUGAGCACACAAAUGGGCACUUUUCAUUUAUGUCGGUACUGAUCUGUGCAAAGUAUCAAGCGUACUGGCUUGCGCUGUAACUGAAUGUCAAGAUUUUUGUAGUCAGGUAAUAUUCAUUCCAUUCACUGUGCUCAAUAAAAAAAAGUUCUCAUUUCAAAACAUUUUAUCAUUCUUAUAAUUACUGUCAUUUAAUUGAAAGGCCUCCAGACUCCACCAUAAACGAUCUUUUGCAAAACCUGUUUGGAUGAUUUACAUACACAUAUUUGUGCAGCCUCGGACAGCCGUUGAUCUUUUGUCCCUCCUUGUAAGAGGACCAUGGACAUGAGACACUUUUUAAAAAAUGUCACAUUUUAUUUUUGUAGCAGUACUAUCAAUGUAACACAUCAUUCAUCAGAUACUGAAGAAAGUGUGAACUCUCAGUCCUAUUGCACAUUAUGAAAUUGUUGUAGUGGUGGAGUGUAUGGACAAGACUCUGGCUGCAGGGUUGUGUUCACACAGCGAUUGCAUCAUUUGGAUUUUUUUCUUUUUAGUCAGUCUCUUUUGUAAGUGUUUCAAGUUCCUGUUUUGAAGAUAUAAUGACCUAUGUGACAGAAUGUAGAUGUGGUCACUAUGGGUUAUAUUGCAAAAUCACUACCGUGGCACCAGGGGCUCUUGAGACAUAAAGAUUAUAAGAUCUCAAUAUGUAUUUUAGCGGUAUUUCAGAUACCCAGACUCAUUAGACUGUCCACUUACAGCUUAGUAUGCUAACUUGGGAGAAUAGCGCCACCACAGAUGAGACAUUUCAGCGACGGUUUGUGGCAUUUGUGAUGACAUCUGACAAUAAAUAAGCAUGUGCUGUCAUGUGCUUACAGAUGAACAUUGUUAUCUAUCUAUCUAUCUAUCUAUCUAUCAAUCUAUAAACAUAUUAAAAAGCAUUUUUGCAGGUCAUGAAAAUACAGCAACUCUGCCUUAACUUUGAUCCUGAUUUUUCCAAAUGGUCUCACUUCUGAUUUAGAAUUUUAUGUGGCAAGUAGUUAUUUCUUAUAGAUAGAUAGAUACUUUAUUGAUCCUGAGGGAAAUUCAAGAUAAUAAAUAAAGAGCAACAUUGUA